AUGCUCGAAAACGAUCCUGAGAAGAGGAUUUCUUUAUCAAAGGUCAUCGACCAAUUGACACCCCUUCAUCCGACAAACCGACUGUCAUUGCUGCAAUAUGACAGCCGAAAUUUGCUGUGCAGCAUAGGAACUCCUUCCUCUGUUUAUCACGUUGGAACAUUUGAAGGAUCGCCACUGGCUGUCAAAAGAGUUCCAUGGAAGAAUUGCACCACAAAAUCCUUUGAGGAACUGAAACGAUUGGAUCACUCGAAUAUUGUUCGUUUGCUUCAUUUCGAUCAAGAUGAUCUUUACAAAUAUUUUGGGAUGGAAUUGCAUGUGGCAUCUAUGGACCAAUUUUUCCUUCCAGAAGACGAUCCAAAGAAAUAUAACGGACCGAUUCCGUCUGAAGAGCAAUUUUGUUUCCAGCUCAUCAGUGGAUUGGAGUACAUCCACGAGCAGAACCUCGUUCGCAGGUCGAUCAAACCCACCAACGUUUCGAUUUCGUCAAGAAAAGAUCCGCAAAUCAAGUUGUCAGAUUUUGGAUUGACUACGUCAAGUUUAAAUGAUGGUCACUCAACGAAACGUUUGAUUAGUGGAUUUCCAAGUUCACAGUAUUGUUUAGCUCCAGAAUUGCUUGAAUGUGAUUCUACUGAUGGGCAAUCUACAAAAGAAAGCGACAUCUUUGCCGCUGAAAGUGUUUUCUUCUAUUUCCUGAGCAAUAAGGCUGCCAUUCGUUUGGGGAUGCAACCCACGAAAUAUUAA